GGGCUGGUCUGCGUGUGGGACCAGCGAAUGAGCACCAAGCUGUGGGAGGUGCACGCCAGGCACCCAGUUCGCCACCUCCGCUUCAACUCCCACAGCCUCAUCACGGCCAACAUCCCCAAUGAAAAGAUUCCCCGAGGGGCCAGCAUCACGGACGACGACUUGACCGCUCACCGAAGGCACAGAGGCAUUAUCUACGCCUACGAAUUCUCCACAGACAAGCUGGUGGCAGAGAGCGUCCUUCCUAUCUGCCGCUCCUCUUACAACGAAGUGGCCGGCUACAGCUACAACAUUGGCCUUGUGGUCCCCUAUGACGACAUCUAGGCAGGGUGGGAAGAAGGGAAGUCCAGCUGAGCUGGACCCUGGAGAAGGAGAACCCCAAGGAUGGCGUUCCUGCAGACCUCUUUGGAGGGCUCGGAAGCCACGGGUUGGCCAAGUAGGCAGCAGAAGAAGGGGGGCACAUGGGGGUCCCACAGCUUUAAUAACAGUGCUGUGGGAACGUAGAAGAG